GUAGUAGGUUAUAAAUCAGACACGUGAAACCACAUCUGAAUCGAGGAAUACAGAUACUGGUUCUUUAAUUUUACUUCCCUAGUGAACAAAAUCUUUAAUUUGAGGCGUAAUUAUAAAAGAACUGUUUCGUACAUUCUUAUAUUUCUUACACAGCCAGACAAUUGGCAGCAAGAAAUAUAUAAUUUUCUCCGUACAGAUGGAUUCCAACAGAGAAUUUGGACAACUUAAACCAUGUUUUAUUCCUAUGAUCUGCUAUGCCGCAAGCCAAAUGGAAAAUUUACAGUUAUUUGGCUGUUGGCAAAUUCUAGGAAGGUACAUAAUAGAGAAGUCAUGAAAAUGUCGAUUCCUCAUAUUGUCAACGAUGUUCAAAAUUUCAUCGUUGGAAGUUAUCCUGAUCAUUUGCCUGAAAGUAUUGGUAAUCGUUUCUCUCUGUAUCUCUCAACCAAACUGUGCCAUGGAAUUAUACUUGCCCUUAGAACACAGCUUAUUUCUUUCAUGAAUGAAGUCUGUACAUUAUCUUUGUACUCCACAUCCAGGGGCAUUGAAGGCUCCAUCCCAGGAAGACAUGAUGGGAGGACGAGACCUGAUGGAGAACCUCACCUCAAACGACAGAGAAUACAUGAGCCAACUUCUGAAGUGGAAGUCGACCCCAGAACUUCAAUUAUGGUGUUGGAGGACCUUGGCAUUGAUCUUCUUGACCACUUGGAGGUGAAUGGUGCAGCUGUAAGAGUUCCAGAGGACAGAAUUACGCUGCGGGAUGAAAUGGCACCCGUUCAGCUGCUCGGGGUAGAUAGUCAGGGCUUUGGUGAAAUAUCUGCAGCAGACCUAGAAACAUUUGUGCAACCUCAGGAUCAAGAAGGGAAAGGUCCUGGCCCACAAGAACAAGCACCAGAAAUUGAUGAAUCCUUUGUUCCUGCUCCUGCAAUUGAACAACUUCCAGGAAUCCAUGUGGAAAUUCAAAGACCUACAGAGUUUCCUUCAGAAUCACAAAUUCCUGUAACAGUGGCAGCACCUGAGGAUGAACACCCACCUCCAGCUCCACGGUCAUCAACCCCUCUUCCUCCUCCCAUUACUCCUCCACCGCCACCUCCUAGAACAAGGAGAGUCUCCGCUCCGCCACUUGUACUUGACGAAGACGUUCACAUUACCCUUCCAUCAAGGAGACCACGGAAAAAAAGAGUUCCAUUCCAAGAUGUGCAGAUGCAGAUAUCAACACAAGACAUGAGAGAACAAAUGCAAUCAUGGGAAGACACCACAAGGGUUCAGGAUGCAAGUGAAGACCAUCUCGUUAUUGAUCAACAUCGAUACAUCAUUCCUGCCCAGAAGUUACUCAGAACAGUCAGAAACCGACUUCUUCCUGAUGAACUGAAAAACCUGUUUAACAGAAACAUGUUCACUCAGAGCAUGCUUGAUGACUCACUGGAGGAGGAGUCUCACAUUUGGCAACCUGGAACUUCCAGUAGCUCACUACCUUCUGUGAGUGCAGAUGAGACUCCUCUGUUGUACCCAGACAUCAGUGCAAGGCCUGAGAGGUCUCCAGUUCCGGCUCAUGUCCUAGAAACAAUUACAGAAGGAGCAGAAGUUGAAGCUGAAGUUGAACAGGUGCCAUGUGACACCACCAUUCCAGCAGAAGUUCCGCAGGAGUUGCAAAUUACGGCUCAAGAGCUGCCAACAGAUCAACUCAUGCCUGAAGAGCCAUCCACAGUUCGGCCACAAGAAGAGCCUGAAAUUCAACUUGUCAGUCAUGUACAAGAAAUAAGUAGCCCUAAAAGGUCUGAAGAGCAACUUCAACUGGACAUUGAGAUGAUGAUGCAGAAGUUAAGGUCUCUGUGGGAUGCAGGAAUUCAGGUCACAUUUGGCCAUAUCUGUCCUCCAGCCUCUACUGAUCGGAUCACAGCAAUGACAACUUUUGAACUUUUACUUCACAUGCAUCAUCUAAACAUUGUGCUCCUCAGACAAAGUCUGCGCAUCUGCCCUCCAACUCUUCCGCGUGAACCAGUAAUAAUUCACCCUGGACAGUGAAGUAUAGUUUCCACUGCUGAUAGCUUUGCCAUGUAUGUUUAAUGGGUACAGUGAGUUUCAUUAUGACUCGAGUUAUGUACAUAAUUUAAUUAAAUGCAAUAGUGAGUUAUCACAUUAAAAUACUGUAAUCACUUAUAAAACUAAUUCAUAUUAAAAUUAAUACAUUUUAUCAUAAGUUUUAUCUGGUUGAAUGACUAUUAUAACAAAUAUUCUAAUUACUUAAAGGAAUAAUAGUUUCUUGCUAAUACUGUACUAACAUUAAAUGUAGUUUUAUUUGUACUAACAUGUCGUGGGGUGGGGUGAGACUUUAGAGCUGAUAAUUCUAACCUUGAGGCUCUAGGUCUAUGUGACUUCCCAAAUGUCACUACGAAAAUAUUGUAACAAAGAACUGUAAACAGAAACCAACAUGUAAAGGGUUAAUGUCCUAAGUGACUGGUAUGUUCUGUUCGAAAGGAACUGUUUUGUCUGCCAAUAUUUGACUAAUUUAAAUUAAAUACAGAAUUUAUGCUUAA